GCGCUCCAGCGCACCUGCUCGCACCCUCUACCGCGCCGCCCGUCAAUGGAGCUGCCCUUCCGCUAGCUACCGUGUUACUCGAGUGCUGCGGGGCUUCCGCACACUGAGGCACUCCAUAGGGGACGACGGCCACUCCCUCAUGUCUGAACACAACCCCGAGCCGCCGUCCCCGACUAUCGUCUCCGACCGGUAUGCGCCGACAGCUACAGCUCCUUCUCCCCGCGACAUGACCCCCACCGCCGAGCGCAGCCAUUGGAGCAGGCCCUUCGCUUCCCUCGCCGUCAAGGUGUCGAGGCUGCCAGACGGGCCGGUCAAUGCGCUGUGUGGGGCCUCCGCCGGUGUCGCUUCCGGUAUCGUGACCUGCCCGCUCGAUGUUAUCAAAACCCGGCUGCAGGCACAGGGCUCCUUCCGCCCACGCCAGUACUCAGGCCCUGCGCGCGUUGUAUACAAAGGUCUCACAGGGACGGCACGGACGAUCUGGGUAGAAGAUGGCAUCCGCGGACUGUACAGAGGGCUCGGCCCGAUGCUGCUGGGCUACAUUCCCACGUGGGCCGUCUAUAUGAGCACAUAUGAGUCCACCAAGGACCUGCUCAACGAAAGGAUGGAGAACAAAUGGCUCGCACGGACAAUCGCCUCGAUAACAGCAGGUGCAUCCUCGACCUUUGUCACUAACCCCAUCUGGGUCGUCAAGACAAGACUCAUGUCGCAAGUCAGUUCUCGUGCCUCAGCUGAACACCGCCCGCCGUGGCACUACACGAGCACCUUCGAUGCCUUCCGCAAGAUGUAUGCCACAGAAGGCAUUGCAUCCUUCUAUUCCGGACUCUCGCCCGCUCUGCUCGGUCUCACCCACGUUGCUAUCCAGUUUCCGCUGUACGAGUAUCUGAAGAUGAAGUUCACUGGCUUGGAGAUGGGCCAGGCAGGCGGAAAGACCGAGGAAGUACACUGGUUCGGUAUCAUGGCCGCAACCGUGCUCAGCAAAGUCUGCGCAACAACAGCCACAUACCCACACGAGGUCUUGCGUACUCGAUUGCAGACGCAGCAACGGUCUCUUCCGUCCUCGUCACACGACCACGUAUCGUUCCAGGGAGGGCGACAUGGGAUAGGCCACCAGACCCGUCCCCCAGGCACGUCGUCCUCAGACGGCAUGAUCAACAUGCCCAGAUACCGUGGCGUAAUCAGAACAUGUACCGUCAUACUUCAGGAAGAAGGCUGGAGAGCCUUCUACAACGGCAUGGGCACCAACAUGGUGCGCGCAGUCCCAGCUGCAGUGACGACCAUGAUGACCUUCGAGUCACUGAAACUCGUCCACCAAAAACUGAAGAUGGAGGGCAACAGGAUACGAGAAGAAGACGGCGAGUACCGUGCAACAUGAUCAUGACUUGAAGUGCGGUUCCAAGAGCGAAGUAUCAUCGGGGCGUUUAGCAAAGCAGUGGGCACGAUAUCCCAGUGAGCAUUCCGGUUUCCGUUCUCACAUAUGUGUACAUACAUCUCAGCAUUUCUCACGCGCGACAUGCGGCAGCAUCGGAGCUUUCGGCGUUGGCAGGGUACCAAGGGUAUAUGGGUUGGAACUAUCUUACAUCACCUCUGUAUCGUCAAUACAAUCUUCCC